AUGGACAAAAUGCCUAUCGCAUCUGUUCUGGAAUGGUUUAAACAAGCUUCAACUUGGUGGCCGAAAGACGGUCGAAGUGAUACCAAUUUGGACAAUACUAUAGGGAUGGAGGAACCUACAUCCUCGCCAAACUUGGCGAAAAUGCUAACUUCAGCUCAACUUCUUGAACUGGCCAAUUUGCUUGUGCAUAAAAUUGAAUCGCAAAAUUCCACACACGAAAGAGAAGAGCGACUGAGAAUUCCAGGGGAUACAAAUCACAACCAACAGCACGAGCAGCUAUUGUCUUCGGUUCAAAGGCGAAAUUCGUCGACUUUGGACGCGUUCAGAUGGAUGUACAAGCCAGUAGUCACUGCAAACGGCAAUAGUUCAUCUCCUUUGAGUCAAAGCCCUUGGAUACACCAGGAUCAGGGACAACUACCUGUGUCAACCGCCGGUUUAACUCAGCGGAAAUCAGAUCUAUUCAGUCUUAGUACAAUAGCAAGCAUGCACGAAAUGAGUAAUCCCAGGACGAUGCAAAAUAUUGAAAAUGCAAUUAAUCGUGGAGACCAGUCACAAGGAUUGAAAGAACCCUCCGCCGGGCAACUGGAUAGACUAGGUGACGCUGAGCAGACCGAUGACGAUUUGGAAAUGGAACCGAAAGAGGAGGCGUCCGAUUCCAUGGGCCUUGAAAGAACUUCUUGGACUUCUGAGAACAGAGCACCGGAAACCUCAGCACAUGCUCGUCACGUACAUGGCAUGUGCGCUGACACAGGUUCAAGCGUCAUGCUACAUUCUACCACAUCGAAUCAGUUAUUACGGCGAAAAAAGAAGACGCGUACGGUGUUCUCGCGCAACCAAGUUCACCAGUUGGAGAGCACAUUUAAUGCAAAGCGAUAUCUAUCUAGUUCGGAAAGGGUGGUGCUGGCCAAAACGCUGCAACUGACUGAAACACAAGUUAAAAUUUGGUUUCAAAACCGUCGCAAUAAGUGGAAGCGUCAAGCUACGACUGAUUUUGAAUCCUCGGUUGGAAGUACUCACACCUCAACAAGACCGGGCGUGCUCUUUUCGGCAGCUUGCUUGCAACCAGGUGGUUUGGGAAAACUUCGAUCCUCCUUUCUAUUAGAACCAGAGAGUCCGAUUCCCCUGAAUUUACCACCUCUUUUCUCACAUAUUGCAAAGUAUCCUACAUCUUCAUCCCACAUUACCCCCUCCUGGCAUUCUGGUACACGGACUACCUCUGAACAGUUCUGUUCAACUUCGCAAUCGAUACGCCCAGGCCUUACUAACGGCCCUAAAUCCAGUGAAGCGAUGACAACCGGCACCUGUAAUCUCUCACCCAGUCCUUCAAAACAAAGAAUUUUCGACGAGAGCUUCAUGAGGGAUAGACCGUUAUCAGUCGUUAAAACGGGCUCUCCGACAUUUAUCCCUCCAAUGGGUCUAGGUAACGGUUUCCCAAUAAAUUUUCCUCUGGCAACGUCCCAAAAAAAUGAACGACACUGGUCGAAACCAGACAAGGAACCACAUUAUUCCAAAUGCGAUUACACCGACUCCGUACAGUCCAUUGCUCGUAGCGCAUUCGAAUCCAUGAGCAAACCUAAUCCGACAAGAUCAUCCGAUUCAUUACCAGAUCCCAGGGCUAUUCUGUCAGCUCUGAAUUCAACAACAUUUGAAAUGAUGUCCAGAUUAUUUCAAAAUCAACAUCAGCAACAAAUAAAUGAAGGAUUCGGCCUCAAUAGACAACCUGUCCCACCAUCGUCCGGCAACAUACAUCCGAACCUCAGUGGUUUACAUACAACGCAGAAUGUGAACAGAAUGAAGCAGGGAACAAGUGGAGAGUAUACUACUAACAAGUUUGCUGUAAACUCUUCGACAGCCCACGACUGGUUUCGCCCUUCUUGGGGCUCAUCAGGUAGGCGCAGUUCCCGAGUUUCCGUCAAACCUAUGUUCUACUUGAACCCAAAUUGGACUGUUUUCGAGAAAUACACUCAUUUGCAAAUCAGUUUGGUUUUCACGAGAGACUCAACUGAAUCUCUCGUGGACUGUCGAAGAGUUUUCAGCAACCUUGUGAAUAGUUUCGUUUAUAAAAAUAUACCGCGAUGUCUCGAAUAUCGUGCCAACUGA